AUGCAAACGCAUGUGCCGACCCGCAAACGGCCAGCGCCUGGCGCAUCACCAGUGAUGCAGCAGCAACCGCAACUUCAUACCGGCCUUACGUACCCUGAUUCCUCAAAUCUACCCGAAGACCAACUCCUCGACUGGAACGAUCCCGCCGCAACGAGUGGCCUUGGAACGGUCUAUCCCGAUCCAUCCGCCUACGAGAUUGGCAAUGUCUACGGUGCAAAUUCAGCCGCUUCCAUCGCGCAGGGCAGUGGGCCACGGCUAGCUCCAAGCGCAGGGCUUAAUUCCAAUCAGCUCGUGAGAAGAAACACAAAUCAGGAGCUGGCAGCGCGAGGAACAUCUGCGAAUCAGCCCGCUUGGCAGGACUUUGGCAGUCGAGCAAUGACACCGGGAGGCAGCGGAGCGGCAUAUGAUAACGAUGAGGAUGGCGAUAUGGCACAGAGAGCAGUAGUGGCGAAGCGGGAUGCGCAGGCUAAGAGGAAGCAGAUACCGCCAUUUGUGCAGAAGCUCAGCAGUUUUCUUGACGAAGACCGGAACACUGAUCUGAUACGAUGGUCUGAUGAUGGUAAUUCCUUCAUCGUGCUGGAUGAGGACGAGUUCGCGAAAACUUUGAUACCGGAGCUGUUUAAGCACAACAACUACGCUUCGUUCGUGCGACAGCUCAACAUGUACGGUUUUCACAAGAGGGUGGGCCUAGGGGACGGGUCUAUGAAGGCUAGUGAGCAGAAGCGAAAACCGCCGAGCGAGUAUUUCAACAGAUACUUCAAGCGGGGAAGACCGGAUCUCCUUUGGCUUAUCCAAAAGCCCAAAAAUGUAACGGCAAACGCAAAACGGAAGAAGAAUGAUGGAACUUCGAACGAGCAAGGCGAAAGCGAUGCGGAGACGACGCAAUACCCGGUCAGUGCCGCUGGUGAACGCAGUCAGACUCGUCCUGGCGACCGUGGAGGCGAUGGAAGCAAUCAAGACCUCGUCGCUGUAUCCCGGACAGAGCUGCAGCGAUGGCAAGAAGAGCUGCAAGGGUUACAAACGCAGCAGAGGUACAUCUCUCAAGCCAUAACCGCAAUACGACGGCAGAACGAACAGCUAUACCAACAGGCCAGCGCUUUCCAGACGCUGCACGACCGCCACGAGAACUCUAUCAACGCGAUCUUGACUUUUCUAGCGACUUUUUACAACCGUAGUCUUGAGGGCAACACUAAUAUUGCCGACAUGUUCAAGAACACGGUACCCCAGAACUCUCAGGAGCACGGCAACGUUUUCGACGUUGGCGACUACGCGGAGUCCGCCAUCAACGCACAAAAUCAAUUUCACCGCACUGGAAGACGGCCGCUCGCGCUCCUCCCAGCACCGGUAGUCAGGGAGAAAGCGGCAUCCUCACCCGCUCGCUCAACGCUCAGCCCCGGGCCAACUCACCAAGCGCCUCGCUCUUCUAGCCGAACUAAGAGCGGUGGCUCCACUCCACGAUUCACGAACGCAGACAGUCCAGUGGAGAUAAAGACCGACGCGGAAACACCGAACCUGCUCUCCCAGGUUCCCGAAAGCGCAGAUAUGAUAUCAGUCAUCAACAACGUGAACAACCUCAACGGCGUCGAAGCUAGCAAUUUAGACCUCCCAGCGACGUUGGAUCAGUACCAGACCACAAGCGGUGCACCGCCUCUCACGCCGCAGCAGCGAAACGAGAUGCUCAAUGCAAUCGCCGCGAGUGGCGCUCCCAACGCCGGCUCCCUCGCCGCUCUCUCCGGCGCUGGAACAAACGGCAACGGCAACGGCAACGAUGCACUGGCAUCUUCGAUCUCGCCGCCCAUACCCAGCUUGGAUCACUUCGUCGCGAACCAGGCGCAGAUCGAGAUGCUGCAGAAGCUGCAAGAGGAACAAGCGACCAAGGUACAAAACCUAGCCGAACGACUCGUCCCGCUAUCACCUACCGGCGCGAUCCCAGGCCUUCCGCUCUCAGACGGCAACGCCAGCUACGGCGGCAUUGACGGCGGGCUGGGCGCUCCGAGCGACUUCGACCUCAAUAACUUCAUCUCGUCUGGGGAUUACUUCUCUGCGAAUGGUGUUGCGGACGGGGAUCUGUUUGAGGAUCUGGAUGUGGACUUCAACGCGCCGCCGGACCCGAACAUGUUUGGGUGGGAUGGUGCAGACGGGCUUGGCGAUGGCACGGAACGGGAUGGUGGCGGUGGGAGGGUCGAGAGUAUUACGAGUGUGGCGACUAGUCCAUCGACGACGGCGAAUGAGGAGGUGGAGAGUCAGGAGAGUGGGAGUUCGAGGAAGCGGAGGAAGAGGAAUUGA